CCUACAAUCUGAUUGUUCUUUUUAACAGCCUCUGUUCCCUGGAGAAAGCGGUGUUGAUCAGCUUGUUGAAAUCAUCAAGGUUCUGGGCACACCCACACGUGAAGAAAUUAAGUGCAUGAAUCCAAAUUAUACCGAGUUUAAAUUCCCGCAAAUCAAAGCUCACCCGUGGCAUAAGAUAUUCCAUAAAAGGAUGCCUGCUGAAGCAGUAGAUCUUGUGUCCAGGCUUCUGCAGUACUCACCAAAACUUCGAUCGACUGCUUUGGAAGCAUUGGUCCAUCCGUUCUUUGAUGAACUUUGGGAUCCAAACACCCGCUUACCGAAUGGUCGUUUUCUUCCGCCUCUCUUCAAUUUUAAGCCCCAUGAGCUGAAGAACGUGCCGGCGGAUUUCAUGGUGAAAUUGAUCCCUGAGCAUGCACGGAAGCAAUGUGCCUUCGUAGGAUGGUGAUCUCUGGAUAAGAGGAUGACGGCUCGAUGAUUAGCUGAGGACCAAGUUAAUGUCUGUUAGAAACUGCCGGAGAUCGACAUUGCCAGAUGUGGUGUGGUAUAAGAUAGGCAAUAUGUGUGAUUAUUUUUUUGUUCGAGGUUAUCAACCCCCUUGCCCUAGAAAAGAUGAGAAGAUGUUGAUGUAACAAGCCCUCUGUGUUUCUGUAAGUAGAUGAGUGUUGCUGCAUGCCCCCUGGGUACAUGUAUCGGUUUGAGCAGAAUUCUGUUUGCCUGAAUCGUGCCAUCACCACGCAGGGAUCCAUCCCUUGUGUGACGAUGUUCAGCACUUCAGCCCAACAUUUGUUUAUGGAUUCAGGCUAUUCGUUCAUUUGUACUCCUCGCAUCCUAUGGAUGCUUAAGCAAUAUUUGCAAUUUUUCUAUUU